AUGUCCGGCUCCGGCAGGAAAGACUUCGACGUGAAGCACAUCCUGCGCCUCCGCUGGAAACUGUUCAGCCACCCCUCGCCGGCGGGCGGCCCGGCGGGGGGAGGCUGCCUGCCGCCCGACAGCAGCUUCGAGCACUGGGGACCGAGCCAGAGCCGCCUGCUGAAGAGCCAGGAGAGAGGCAACGGCGUCUUCUGGAAGAAAUCCUCCUCCUCCGCCUCCUCCUCGGCGGCCACCACGGCCAGCCCGCCCAACGGGACGCUGCUGCCCGCCGGCGGCCGGCCGGCCGCGGGGCACGGCCCGGGACCGCCGCCGCCCCGCACCGUCUUCUACGUGGAGUCCCUGGAGGAGGAGGAGGAGGAGGCGGUGCCCGGCGGGAUGGAGGUGGCCCGCGAGCCCGAGAAGCCCCUGGCGCCGGCGGAGCGGGAGGAGGCGCCGGGGGGCUGCGCCGAUGGAGGCAGCCGGGCAACAGGUGACGGAGGCGGGCACAGACUGUCAGGAGCCAGCCACCCCUUGCCACCCCACUGUGACAUGGAUUCCUGCAGCUCCGAGGAAUUCUACCAGGCUGUUCACCACGCAGAGCAAACCUUCAGGAAAAUGGAGAGCUACCUGAAGCAGCAGCAGCUCUGUGAUGUUAUCCUGAUUGCUGGGGACCGCAAGAUACCUGCACACAGACUUGUCCUCAGUUCUGUCUCUGACUACUUUGCUGCCAUGUUUACAAGUGAUGUUUGUGAAGCCAAGCAAGAAGAGAUCAAAAUGGAAGGCAUAGACCCCAAUGCGCUGUGGGACCUUGUUCAGUUUGCAUAUACAGGCUGCCUGGAAUUAAAAGAAGACACCAUUGAAAACCUUCUAGCAGCUGCCUGCCUUCUCCAGCUCCCCCAAGUGGUGGAGGUUUGCUGCCAUUUUCUAAUGAAGCUUUUGCACCCAUCCAACUGCUUGGGAAUACGAGCGUUUGCUGAUGCACAAGGGUGCACAGAGCUUAUGAAGGUGGCUCACAACUACACCAUGGAGAAUAUAAUGGAAGUUAUAAGAAAUCAAGAAUUUUUACUUCUACCUGCUGAAGAACUCCAUAAACUUCUUGCCAGUGAUGAUGUGAAUGUUCCUGAUGAAGAGACCAUUUUCCAUGCCUUAAUGAUGUGGGUGAAAUAUGAUAUGCAGAGGCGAUGCAAUGACCUAAGUAUGCUGCUUGCUUAUAUCAGAUUACCACUCCUUCCACCUCAGAUAUUGGCUGACCUGGAAAAUCAUGCACUUUUUAAGGAUGACCUAGAAUGUCAGAAGCUUAUUCUGGAAGCCAUGAAAUAUCAUCUUUUACCAGAAAGAAGAACUCUCAUGCAAAGUCCAAGAACUAAGCCUAGAAAAUCUACAGUUGGAACACUUUAUGCUGUUGGAGGAAUGGAUAACAACAAAGGAGCUACAACUAUUGAAAAGUAUGAUCUCAGAACAAACAUAUGGAUUCAGGCUGGAGUAAUGAAUGGCAGGAGGCUUCAGUUUGGUGUUGCUGUCAUCGAUGACAAGCUGUUUGUCAUUGGAGGCCGGGAUGGUUUAAAGACAUUAAACACUGUUGAAUGUUACAAUCCAAAGACCAAGGCUUGGACUGUGUUACCACCUAUGUCAACGCAUAGGCAUGGCUUAGGAGUUACAGUGCUUGAAGGGCCUAUUUAUGCGGUGGGAGGACAUGAUGGUUGGAGUUAUUUGAACACAGUUGAGAGGUGGGACCCUCAAAGUCAGCAGUGGACAUUUGUGGCAAGUAUGUCAAUUGCCAGAAGCACUGUUGGAGUAGCAGCAUUAAAUGGCAAGUUAUAUUCGGUUGGAGGUCGGGAUGGAAGUUCAUGUUUGAGUUCAAUGGAAUAUUAUGAUCCUCACACAAAUAAAUGGAAUAUGUGUGCUCCUAUGUGCAAGAGAAGAGGAGGUGUAGGAGUGGCUACCUGUGAUGGCUUUCUUUAUGCAGUUGGAGGUCACGAUGCUCCGGCUUCUAAUCACUGCUCUCGACUGCUGGACUAUGUGGAAAGGUAUGACCCAAAAACUGAUACAUGGACAAUGGUGGCUCCACUGAGUAUGCCUCGAGAUGCUGUUGGUGUUUGUCUCCUUGGUGACAAAUUAUAUGCAGUAGGUGGCUACGAUGGUCAAUCAUACCUGAACACUAUGGAAGCAUAUGACCCUCAAACUAAUGAGUGGACACAGAUGGCGUCCUUAAAUAUUGGAAGGGCUGGUGCCUGUGUUGUAGUCAUCAAACAACCGUGACUUUGUCAGCCCUGCUUAGGAUUUUACUGACUGUGAAAUGAUUAUUUUUCUACGAGACAAGGAGAAUGAUAACUUCACAAGAACAGGAUCUACACAGUGAAUACACUGUUGAUCACAAACUUGAAGAACUUUGGAAGUGACAAAGAUUAAGUAUUUAUGCCCUAUAAAAUCAUAAAACCGUUCACAGUCAGUGAACAAGGAAAAAGCCCCAGAGUAUUGUAGGCGUAAAUAUGUGAAUGUAGAGUAGUAAGUUCGGGUAUUGUUCUCAUGAGUGUGUCCUGGAGAACUGGAUAAUCAUGGGAAACCUACACAAAGAGUGGAAAGGAAUAUGAGAACAGUUUUCAUGGCUGCAAGAGAACUGCAGAAACAUGAAAGUUUAUUUAAUCAAUUUUAAAUUGUGUUUUUUAAAAGAGAAAAGUGGGUAGUAAUAUAAUUAUUUUGCUGUUCAAGUCUUGUCUUCAAAUGGGUUAUGGUCUUGUUAUUUAAAUGAGCUAUUUGGCUUGACUGAAAGGAAGAGGUCAAAUGGUCUGGAUAUUCAUAGUGACUCAGCUGUGACUCUAAAGCAGGAAGAAACACAAAAAUAAAAGUAGACUUUUUUGUAACUUCAGGUUGUACCUCCUCACCUGUAUUAAUGCAUCUUAUAAAUUAGUCUGUUGAGGGAAGCCUGUGUGUUUAAUCAAAUAAUAUAAAGCAGUCCUGUGCCUGCACUGGGGCUUUGUUGCAAAUAUGGGAGUCAAAGAAACAGCUACCUAAUUCUUUUUUAAUCUCAUAUUCAAUUUAAGCAUGUGGGCUCUAAUCUCAUUGUUUAAUGCAUCUACUGCAUGUUGGAAGCUCAUGACAAGCUGGAAAAUUGAUCCCCUUAUUUCGCUGCAUCACGUUAAUGGAUGAACCAUGACAAGAACAGUCUAUAGAGACUCUUCUAACAUUUCAAAAGGGAGAAAAUUCCUACAUUUUAUUUCUCUCUGAUGCUUGUACAUACACAAUUUUGCCUACUUAGAGCUGCAAAUUUAUUACUUUCCACUUGUGACUGAGAAUAACUGCAAGUCAGGAAAUCAGAAUAAAUGCAAGUGGAAUAAGGAAAAUUAGGCAAUUUGAUCUAAUAAAUUUCAUAUGGUAAAUAUACUAUUGUCAUCCGUGCUUCCCUUUAGGGUUGAUAAUUUCUGCCAGUAAUGAUAGUUUGAGCUUUUGAUUUGGCAGUAGAUUUGGGGCUGAUGCUUUCUGUCUGCUCAGCUGAAUCAGUUAGAACCUAAGGACACUACCGGAAUAUGAAAUUCUGCUAUUCAGGGAUGCACAGCUUCUGGGAACAGGGCACCAAAUAUACUUCUCUAAAGCCUUGCUGAUCCUAUAGGAAACAAUUUAUGGCGCAAAAGCCAAAACUUCACAAUCCUCUGUCACUAGCAAUUUUGAGAAGGAAUUCUGGUUGCACUAAAAUGAGUUUUCUUAGGGGAAACCUCUGCAAUCAUUUGAGAUGAAAAAAUAUGUAGAAUUUCCAUCUUGAGACAUUUGAUUUGAAGGUGUGGCUUUCCUUCUAACUGCAUCAGUAUGCAUGGAGGUCCUUGUUUACUGACGUAAGUUGAAUUGCAAUUCUGAAGCCUAAGUAUAUGGAUUUAAAUCUUUUAAGUAUUUCUCUGUCCUAAUUUGGAAUCAGCUGAAAACAUUUCAACAUUAAUUUUCCACAGCCAGUUGCCUUUUGAGUUGCAAUUAGUCUUUCACAGACAAACAUAUGAAUUUUUCUCCAACUACAACAAGCUGUUGAAUAGAAAUGUUACCUCUCUAAAGAUUUUGCUUCACAUAAGCACAAGUUUUGGAGACCAAAUGAAGAAGAUUCUAAAAUUAUAACUGUAAUUUAAUAUAGAUAUUGGCAUUCAGAACUCCUACAGAGAUAGCUAAAGAACGUAGAAAUUGAAUUUUAAUUCUAUUCCCAGAACUUUCUUUUGAUUUCAUUAUAUUAAUAUAUAAUAGAAAUAUUAUUGCUCUACCUGUACACCAAUCUUCAAAGUCGAAUGAUUGCUGUUAAUUUCAUUCUGUGUCAAAUUUGUUUAAAGUGCCUUGAUCAUUAUUUUCUUCCAUUUAUCCUCAUUUCAUUUUUGAUUCUCAGUUUUCUUUUCUACUUUUUCAAUUUGGUUUUAAUUUUCCAAAAGGAUUCUCAUGUGAAUUUUUUCAGUCUAUUCCACUUCUCUUAUUUUGAAACAAUAAAAUUUGUAUUUGUUUUAUUUUGAUUAUGUAAAA